AAGUAGUAAGAUACAUACAGAUAUCGACGUUUGGUGGCUCGGCAGACUGGAUCGCAUCAUGUGGGCCCGUGACUGCAGCACCCGGACAAGCCUAGCGCCGGCCUCUCCAUGCUUUUCCACUCAAAAUUCGGGUGCCUGCUCGAACUCUUAAAUCAAAGUCACUCACUCGGACUCCGGAUCUCCAUCCGUAAUCGUCGCUGCCUUGGGUCGGGCAGUCUACAGAGUUUUGCUGGGUAUUACAGGGCAAUGCGACAAUGGAAUACUACAACACCUACCUUACUGACGCUGUACUGUACUUACUGCACGACUCCAUUUUUGGGAUUUCCCUCAACGUUAUUGACGGUCGGAUCCGGCAUGGAUGAUGGAGUAUUGAUUGAGCCCUCGCUUGUAAGGGGACAAUAUUAACCCAGGGCAUCUUGACCGCUUAUGCUAUGAUUUAAUGCAGUAUAACUUGGCAUAGUACCUCGGUCGGUAGUACCUAGG